AUGUCUUGGCUUGCAUUUGCAGCACAGAAAAUAGUUGAAGUAAAUGCCUUGGCCAAGGCAUUGUCUGGACAAAAGGAUGAGACUUACGUUUAUUCCAAUGCUUCCGCUUUGGCUUCAAGGAAGUCCUCCCCAAGGGUGACAAAUGAGGCUGUCCAAAAGGCUGCUGCUGCUCUUAAGGGCUCUGAUCACCGUAGGGCCAUUAAUGUUAGUUCCAGAUUAAGUGCACAACAGAAGAAAUUGAAUCUUCCUAUUCUUCCAACCACUACAAUUGGAUCUUUCCCUCAGACUGCAGAUCUUAGAAGGGUUCGCCGUGAGUUCAAGGAUAAAAAGAUCUCCGAUGAGGAUUAUAUCAAUUUCAUUAAAAAGGAAAUUAUUAAUGUUGUUAAGAUCCAGGAAGAGCUCGAAAUUUAUGUCUUGGUGCAUGGAGAGCCCGAGAAUGACAUGGUUGAGUACUUUGGAGAACAAUUAUCUGGCUUUGCUUUCACUGCCAACGGGUGGGUGCAAUCCUAUGGAUCCCGCUGUGUCAAGCCACUGAUUAUCUAUGGUGAUGUGAGCCGUCCCAAGCCAAUGACUGUUUUCUGGUCUUCGACAGCUCAAAGUUUGACAAAACGACUUAUGAAGGGAAUGCUUACUGGCCCUGUUACUAUUCUGAACUGGCCCUUUGUUAGAGAUGACCAACCUAGGUUUGAGACUUGCUACCAGAUUGCUUUGGCUAUAAGGAUGAGGUUGAGGAUCUUGAGAAAGCUGGCAUUACCGUCAUCCAAAUCGAUGAGGCUGCUUUAA